AUGGCUUCGCCAUCCCCCGUCCCCAACGGCAAGCCCUGGCAAGAAGUCGCCGCAGCCGUCCAGGCCCACCGCGCCGCGACCCUCGCCGCCGUCGAGCCCCCCCUCCCCAAGCUCGACGACCCUCUGCCCCGCAACACCACCUCCCUCCCCGCCAAAUACCUCACCCCCGACGAAGUCUCCAUCACCGAAACCAGCCCCGAAUCCCUCCUCUGCUCCCUCGCCAACGGCACCCUCACCUCCACCGCCGUCACGCGCGCCUUCCUCCGCCGCGCCGCCCUCGCCCAACACGCAACCAACUGCCUCACCGAACUCCUCCCCACGCGCGCCCUCGCCCGCGCCGCCGAGCUCGACGCCCACCUCGCCGCCCACGGCACCCCCAUCGGGCCCCUCCACGGCCUCCCCAUCUCCGCAAAAGAACACGUCGCCAUGACGGGGCCCGGCGAAGCGGGCGCCCCCGCGCUCAAAACCAACGCCGGCUUCUGCGCCUGGGCCGACCACGAACCGCCGCAACAGGCCCUCAUCCUCGACCUCCUCCACGCGGCGGGCGCGGUGCUGUACGCGCGCACGGCGCAGCCGCAGACGCUGAUGCACCUCGAGACGUCGAGCAACGUGCUGGGCGGCGCGACGACGAACCCGUUCAACGCCGCGCUGACGGCGGGCGGCUCCAGCGGCGGCGAGGGCGCCCUCGUCGGCUUCCGCGGCAGCUGCCUCGGCAUCGGCACCGACAUCGGCGGCAGCGUGCGCAGCCCCGCCGCCAACUGCGGCGUCUGGGGCCUGCGGCCGACGGCGUAUCGUCUGCCGAAUGCGGGAGGCGUCGCGACGAUGAAGGGGCAGGAGCAGGUGGUGCCGGUUGUGGGGCCGUUGAGCACGAGUUUGGAGGGCGUUCGGGUGUUCGUCAAGACGCUGGUGGAUGCGAGGCCGUGGCUUAGGCAGGUCGAUUUGGUGCCGAUGAGGUGGAGGGAUGACGAGGAUUGGCUGGCCAAGGGACCGGGCGGGAAGAGGGGGUUGAAGGUGGGGGUGAUGUGGGAUGAUGGGGUGGUGAGGCCGCAUCCGCCGGUGCUGAGGGCGAUGAGGGAGCUGGUGGAUAGGUUGAAGGUGGCGGAUGGGGUGGAGGUGGUGGAGUGGACGCCGUACAAGCAUGACCUUGCUUGGGAGAUCAUUGCAAGCCUCUAUUUCAGCGAUGGUGGCCGGGAGGAGGCAGCAGCAAUCGACGCUUCCGGUGAACCCUGGCGGCCACUCUCCAAGUUCAUCCUAAAGGAGAAUCCGCACGUACCCAAGGAGCCUUACCCGAUCACUGAGGUCUGGCGUCUCACAAGACUGCGGGAGCAGUAUCGCGGAGAUUACUCGGCGCACUGGAAUGCAACGGCCACGAAGGACGACGGCUCGGACAUGGUGGACGUCAUUAUCUGCCCCGUCGGCCCCGGCGCCGCACCUCCUCUUGACAACGCCAAGUACUGGGGCUACACGAGCCAAUGGAACCUGCUGGACUACCCAUCGCUCAGCUUCCCGGUCACGGAAGUCGACCCCGCGAUCGAUGUCAAGGACGAAACUUACAAGCCGCGUAACGACCAGGAUGACUUCAACCACAAGCUUUAUGAGCCCGAGCUCUACCGUGAUGCGCCAGUCAGUUUGCAACUGGUGGGCAGGCGCUUCGAGGAUGAAAAGGUAUUGCAAGCCAUGGAGUACAUCGUGGAAAAGACGGGUGUACCUUUCGCCGGGUUCGGUGUAAAGAAGGCGUAG